ACAACUACUCAUUGCUGACAAAUUCUUAUAUAUAUAUAUAUAUAUAUAUAUCUAAAAAAAAGAAUAUAAACAAGAUGUUCAAGGAGCUCGUUCUUUGGAUGCAUCGUAUGGCUCACGAUUUUUGCUUGGCUCGUCCACUGAUUCCGCCACCACGACAUGGCUGUCGCCUGCCAGUGAAAAACGGUUUUGUAGCCAACUUGAUCUUCUUUGUUGCCAUUGUGUCGCCGCUGUACUUCUGCCUACUGAAGGACGUGAUUGCCAUGAUCACCGGACCCAAGAAGCGUUAGGAUACCCAAUUUAAGUCAUAGUUUGGUCAGUCAAUGUAGUUAGUGUAGUACCCCAACACAAAUACAGUUUGUGGCAUCGUCUGAAU